GAGAGCGAGAGGGAGAAAGAAAGAGAGAGGGGAGGGUAGAGGCUGCGCGUCCCCGUCCUCGUGCCCCUCCUCCUCCUCCUCCUCUUCGGACGGGCCCGAGUCGCUCAUCAUCUCCUUCAUCUUCAUCUUCAUCAGUGGUGAAGUUUGCGUGUGGCUCGGACCCUGGGAUGUCGACGAGCUUCGGCAGCCCCUGAGCCAAGAGCUGGGCGGAGCCUCGCGUGACCCCCUCCCCCGCGCCCCACCUCCCGAGCGCCCGCGGACACAGCAUGCUGGCAGCAUGGAUGUGAAGGAGCGCAGGCCGUACUGCUCGCUGACCAAGGGCCGGCGGGACAAGGAGCGCCGCUACACGGGCUCGUCGGGCGACAGCGAGGAGUGUCGCGUGCCCACGCAGCAGUCGUACAGCUCCAGCGAGACGCUCAAGGCCUUCGACCACGACUCCUCGCGCCUGCUCUACGGCGGCCGCGUAAAGGACAUGGUGAACCGCGACGGCGAUGACUUUUCCCGCCAAGGGCAGAACUUUAACCUGCGACAGCUGGGCAUUUGCGAGCCGCCCCCGCGCAGGGCUCCCGCCUUCUGCGCUGACAUGAGGUUGCCCCACCGCGGCUACUCGGUGGGCGCCGGCUCCGACGUGGACGGCGAAAACGAGGGGGUGAUGUCGCCCGAGCGAGCCAUGCGCCUCUGGGGCCGGGGGGUCAAGGCCGGGCGGAGCUCCUGCCUGUCGAGCCGCUCCAACUCGGCCCUAACCCUGACGGACACGGAGCACGAGAACAAGUCCGACAGCGAGAACGGUUCCCCCAUCCCAUCCUCUUUAUCCAGUCCAUCAGCCACUGAGCGUUUACAUUCCCAGCCUCCAUCACCAAAUCUCCAUGACAACCAGAGGCCGUUGCUAAAUAAUGACACCGCCCAGCCGGUUCGAGGCUCAGAUUCGGAGGAGGAGUACUGUGGCCGCGUGUUUUUUCCAGUAACGCAGGCGGGCCCAGACCCUGCCGGUGAUGAGCAACCAUCCAUCCACCAGGGACCCCCACCUCCGCCGCUGCCCCCGGUGCCGCCGCCCCACAAACCGCCGCCGUCCGUCACCGCGCUCAACCACAACUCGCUGACCCGCCGCAGGACCCAGAGCCCGGCGCCGCCGGCUGCGCUGCCCGCCGAGCUGCAAACCACACCCGAAUCCGUCCCGCUGCAGGACAGCUGGGUCCUGGGCAGCAAUGUGCCGCUGGAGAGCAGGCACUUCCUCUUCAAGACAGGCACCGGAACGACCCCUCUCUUCAGCACGGCGACCCCGGGGUACACGAUGGCGACCGGGGCCGUGUACUCGCCGCCCACGCGGCCGCUGCCCCGCAACACGCUCUCCAGGAGCGCCUUCAAGUUCAAGAAGUCGCCCAAGCACUGCUCGUGGAGGUGCACCGCCCUGAGCGCCGUGGCCGUGUCCGUCCUGCUGUCCGUCCUGCUCUGCUACUGCAUAGCCAUGCACCUCCUGGGCCUCAACUGGCAGCUCCAGGAAGCUGAGAACUACGCCUUCGAGAACGGGCAGACCAAGUCGGACACCGGACCCACCAACGCGGUGACGGCGCUCACGGCCGAUAGCGGCAAGCCAGGCUUUCUCCUGCCGGAGAACAACACCAUCGACACGGGCGAGGUGGACGUGGGCCGUCGGGCUGCCCAGGAAGUGCCUCCCGGCGUGUUCUGGCGCUCGCAACUCUUCAUCGACCAGCCGCAGUUCCUCAAGUUCAACAUCUCGGUGCAGAGGGACGCCCUGGUGGGCGUGUACGGGAGGAAGGGCCUCCCACCCUCACACACACAGUACGAUUUUGUCGAGCUGUUGGAUGGGAGCCGGCUCAUCGCAAAGGAGAAGCGGGGCCUGGCUGAGCCGGAGGCCAGCGGCCGAAAGGCGCGCUCCGUCAAUGUCCAUGAGGCAGGCUUCAUCCAGUUCCUGGACACGGGCAUCUGGCACCUGGCCUUCUACAACGAUGGCAAGAAUGUGGAGCAGGUGUCCUACAGCACCAUCGUCAUCGAGUCUGUCAUGGAGUGUCCUCACAAUUGCCAUGGAAACGGAGACUGCCUCUCGGGGACGUGUCACUGUUUCCCCGGCUUCCUGGGACCCGACUGCUCCAGAGCCGCCUGCCCGGUGUUGUGUAGCGGGAACGGCCAGUACUCCAGGGGCCGCUGCCUGUGUUUCAGCGGCUGGAAGGGCACCGAGUGCGACGUGCCCAGCAACCAGUGCAUUGACAUCCACUGCGGAGGCCACGGCCUCUGCAUCAUGGGCGUCUGCGUGUGCAACACGGGAUACAAGGGGGACAACUGCGACGAAGUGGACUGCCUGGACCCGUCUUGCUCCGCCCACGGCGUCUGCAUCCAUGGCGAGUGCCACUGCAGCCCCGGCUGGGGCGGCACCAACUGCGAGAUCCUCAAGACCAUGUGCCCAGACCAGUGCUCAGGUCACGGAACCUACCAGGCCGAGAGCAACGCCUGCGUGUGCGAUGCCAACUGGACCGGUCCCGAUUGCUCCGUCGAGGUGUGUGCAGUUGACUGCGGCUCCCACGGCGUGUGCAUUGGGGGCAGCUGCCGCUGUGAAGAAGGCUGGAGCGGCACGGUGUGUGACCAGCGGGCAUGCCAUCCGCGCUGCACCGAGCACGGCACCUGCAGGGACGGAAAGUGCGAGUGCAACCAGGGCUGGGCUGGCGAACACUGCACCAUUGAUCAAAAUCUGGAAAGGAUAGUACCAGAGAGGAUAGGAUACAAAGAGGGCUGUCCCGGUUUGUGCAACAGCAACGGGAGAUGUACCCUGGACCAGAACGGCUGGCACUGCCUCUGCCAGUCCGGGUGGCGGGGUGCGGGGUGCGACGUCGCCAUGGAGACGCUCUGCACGGACAGCAAGGACAACGAGGGAGACGGUUUGGCGGACUGCAUGGACCCCGACUGCUGCCUGCAAACCUCGUGUCGGAGCCAACCCUACUGUCAGGGCUCCCCUGAGCCCAGCGAGCUCAUCGCCCAGGCGCCGCCUCCCCAGACCCCACUGGCUGCACGCUCCUUCUAUCAGCGCAUCAGCUUCCUUGCAGGACCCGAGGGCAGCCAUGUGGUCCCUGGGGAAAAUCCCUUCAACCAGAGCCUGGUGUCCAUCAUCCGGGGACAGGUGCUCACAGCAGAUGGCACUCCUCUCAUCGGGGUCAACGUCUCCUUCCUGCAUUACCCGGAACACGGCUACACAAUCACACGCCAGGAUGGCAUGUUCGACCUGCUGGCCAACGGCGGUGCCUCGCUGACGCUGAGCUUCGAGCGCGCUCCCUUCUUGACGCAGCACCGCACCGUGUGGAUCCCGUGGAACGUGUUCCACGUUAUGGACACGCUCGUGAUGAAGAGGGAGGAGAACAGCAUCCCGAGCUGCGACCUGAGUGGCUUCGUGCGGCCCAGCCCCCUCGUCGUGUCCUCGCCGCUGUCCACGUUCUUCAGGUCAUCCUCGGUGGACACGCCCUUCAUACCGGAGACGCAGGUCCUCCAGGAGGAGACGGGCAUCCCGGGUAGCGACCUCCACCUGAUCUACCUGAGUUCGCGUGCCGCCGGCUACAAGGCCGUCCUGAAAGUGACCAUGACUCAGGCCACCAUCCCCUUCAACCUGAUGAAGGUGCACCUGCUGGUGGCGGUGGUAGGUCGCCUCUUCCAGAAGUGGUUCCCCGCCUCGCCCAACCUGUCCUACACCUUCAUCUGGGACAAGACGGACGCCUACAACCAGAAGGUCUACGGCCUGUCGGAGGCUGUUGUGUCCGUGGGCUUCGAGUACGAGUCCUGCCUGGACCUGAUCCUGUGGGAGAAGCGGACGGCCGUUCUGCAAGGGUACGAGCUGGACUCCUCCAACAUGGGCGGCUGGACGCUGAACAAGCACCACAUUCUGGAUGUGCAGCAAGGCAUCCUGUACAAGGGCAACGGAGAGAACCAGUUCAUUUCCCAGCAGCCCCCAGUGAUCGCCACCAUCAUGGGCAACGGGCGUCGGCGCAGCAUCUCCUGCCCCAGCUGCAACGGCCAGGCGGACGGCAACAAGCUGCUGGCACCCGUGGCCCUGGCGUGCGGCAGCGACGGCAGCAUCUUCGUCGGCGACUUUAACUACGUGCGCCGCAUCUUCCCGUCGGGCAACGUCACCAGCGUCAUGGAGCUGAGAAAUAAAGAUUUCAGGCACAGCAACAAUCCGGCCCACAAGUACUACAUGGCCACUGACCCCGUGACGGGCAACCUGUACGUGUCGGACACCAACUCCCGCCGGAUAUACCGUCCCAAGCUGCUGACGGGGGUCAAGGACCUGCUGCAGAACGGCGAGGUGGUGGCGGGUACGGGGGAGCACUGCCUGCCCUUCGACGAGGCCCGCUGCGGGGACGGGGGCAAGGCCACGGAGGCCCUCCUCAUGGGGCCCAAAGGCAUCGCGGUCGACAAAAAUGGAGUCAUUUACUUUGUCGACGGGACCAUGAUUAGGAGGGUCGACCAGAACGGCAUCAUCUCCACCCUGCUGGGAUCCAACGACCUCACGUCUGCCCGACCUUUGACCUGUGACACCAGCAUGCACAUCCGCCAGGUGCGCAUGGAGUGGCCGACAGACUUGGCCAUCAACCCCAUGGACAACUCCAUCUACGUGCUGGACAACAACGUGGUGCUGCAGAUCACCGAGAACCGGCAGGUGCGCAUCGUGGCCGGGCGGCCCAUGCACUGCCAAGUGCCUGGGGUGGAGUACGCGCUGGGCAAGCGAGCGGUGCAGACCACGCUGGAGUCGGCCAGCGCCGUCGCUGUGUCCUACAGCGGCCUGCUCUACAUCGCCGAGACGGACGAGAAGAAGAUCAACCGCAUCCGGCAGGUGUCCACGGACGGUGAGAUCUCCCACCUAGCGGGCACGCCGUCUGAGUGCGACUGCAAGAACGACGCCAACUGUGACUGCUACCAGACUGGCGACGGCUACGCCAAGGAUGCCAAGCUCAACGCGCCGUCCUCGCUUGCCGUGUCCCCCGACGGCACGCUCUAUGUGGCUGACCUGGGCAACAUCCGCAUCCGCGCCAUCGGCCGGAACCGGCCCGUGCUCAACUCCAUGAACUUCUACGAGGUGGCGUCGCCGGCCUCGCAGGAGCUCUACAUCUUCGACACAAACGGCACGCACCAGUACACUACGAGUCUGGUCACCGGUGACUACAAGUACAACUUCAGCUACAGCAACGAGAACGACUUGACGGCCGUGACGGACAGCAGCGGGAACACGCUGCGCAUCCGCAGGGAUCCCAACCGUUUGCCCGUGCGCAUCGUCUCCCCGGACAACCAGGUGAUCUGGCUCACCAUCGGCACCAACGGCGGCCUCAAGAGCCUAACGGCCCAGGGCCAGGAGUUGGUCCUCUUCACCUACCACGGCAGCAGCGGCCUGCUGGCCACCAAGAGCAUCGAGAUUGGGUGGACCACCUUCUUCGACUACGACAGCGAGGGCAGGCUGACCAACGUGACCUUCCCCACCGGCGUCGUGACCAGCCUCCACGGCGAGAUGAAGAAGGCCAUCUCGGUAGACAUCGAGACGUCCGGCCGUGACGAGGAUGUCAGCAUCACCACCAACCUCUCGUCCAUCGACUCCUUCUACACUCUGGUUCAAGACCAGCUGAGGAACGGCUACCAGGUUGGCUACGACAACUCGCUCAGGGUCGUCUACGCCAACGGGAUGGACACGCACUACCAGACGGAGCCGCACAUCCUGGCAGGGACGGCCAACCCCACGGUGGCGCGGCGCAACAUGUCGCUCCCCGGCGAGAACGGGCAGAACCUGGUGGAGUGGCGCUUCCGGAAGGAACAGACACGGGGCCGCGUCAUCAUCUUUGGCCGCAAACUCAGGGUGAACGGCAGGAACCUCCUGUCCGUGGACUACGACCGAGCGCUGCGCACCGAGAAGAUCUAUGACGACCACCGCAAGUUCCUGCUCAAGAUCGUAUACGACACCUCGGGCCACCCCACUCUCUGGGUGCCCAGCAGUAAGCUGAUGACCGUCAACCUGACCUACUCGUCCACGGGGCAGGUGACCAGCCUGCAGAGGGGGCCCACCACCGAGAGGGUGGAGUACGACAGCCAGGGACGUAUGGUCUCCCGCGCCUUCGCCGACGGGAAAACCUGGAGCUACACGUACCUGGAGAAGUCCAUGGUGCUUCUGCUCCACAGCCAGCGUCAGUACAUCUUCGAGUACGACCUGCAGGACCAGCUGUCUGCCAUCACCAUGCCCAGCGUGGCCCGACACACCAUGCAGACCAUCCGCUCCGUGGGCUACUACAGGAACAUCUACAGUCCGCCCGAGAGCAACGCCUCCGUGGUGGUGGACUACAGUGAGGACGGGCAGCUUCUCCAAGUAGCCCACCUGGGCACAGGUCGAAGGGUCCUCUACAAGUACAGACGGCAGACGAAGCUUUCCGAGAUCCUGUACGACAGCACUCGCGUCAGCUUCACUUAUGACGAGACAGCAGGCGUCUUGAAGACAGUCAACCUCCAGAGUGAGGGGUUCAUCUGCACCAUCCGGUACCGGCAGAUCGGACCUCUGGUGGACAGGCAGAUCUUCCGCUUCAGCGAGGACGGCAUGGUGAACGCUCGCUUCGACUACACUUACGACAACAGUUUCCGUGUGACCAGCAUGCAGGGUGUCAUCAACGAAACGCCGCUUCCCAUCGACCUCUACCAGUUUGAUGACAUUUCAGGGAAGGUCGAGCAAUUUGGAAAAUUUGGUGUCAUCUACUACGACAUCAACCAGAUCAUUUCCACCGCCGUUAUGACCUACACCAAGCAUUUUGAUGCCCACGGCCGGAUUAAGGAGAUCCAGUAUGAAAUAUUCCGCUCUUUGAUGUACUGGAUAACUAUACAGUAUGACAAUAUGGGCAGGGUCACAAAAAGAGAGGUUAAAAUUGGGCCAUUUGCAAACACCACAAAGUACGGCUACGAGUACGAUGUGGACGGGCAGCUCCAGACAGUCUACCUGAAUGAGAAGAUAGUUUGGCGCUACAACUAUGACUUGAACGGAAACCUACACCUUCUGAACCCAAGCAACUACGCACGGCUCCUCCCGCUCCGCUAUGAUCUCCGCGAUCGCAUCACCCGCCUCGGGGACAUCCAGUACCGCAUGGAUGAGGAUGGUUUCCUGCGGCAGAGGGGCACCGAGAUCUUCGAGUACAACUCCAAGGGUCUCCUUGUGCGUGUCUAUAGUAAGGCCAAUGGCUGGACCAUCCAGUACCGCUAUGAUGGGUUGGGCAGGCGAGUCUCCACCCGCACCAGCCUGGGACACCACCUCCAGUUCUUCUACGCAGACCUGAACUACCCCACUAGGAUCACCCAUGUAUACAACCACUCCAGCUCGGAGAUCACCUCGCUCUACUACGACCUGCAGGGCCACCUCUUCGCCAUGGAGAUAAGCAGCGGGGAGGAGUUCUACAUUGCCUGCGACAACACGGGGACCCCUCUGGCAGUCUUCAGUAGCAACGGGCUCCUCCUGAAGCAGGUGCUAUACACGGCAUACGGUGAGGUGUACUACGACUCAAACCCAGACUUCCAGCUCGUGAUCGGCUUUCAUGGGGGCCUCUUCGACCCUCUGACCAAACUCCUGCACUUUGGGGAGCGGGAUUACGACAUCCUGACUGGGAGGUGGACCACCCCAGACAUUUCCACAUGGAAGAGGGUGGGGAAGGACCCUGCCCCCUUUAACCUCUACAUGUUUAGAAACAACAACCCCAUCAGCAAAGUGCAUGAGGUGAAGGAGUAUGUCACAGAUAUCAACACGUGGCUGGUGACUUUUGGGUUCCACCUUCACAAUGUCAUUCCCGGCUACCCUAUUCCCAAGUUUGGUCUUACAGAACCGUCCUUGGAGCUGAAGAAGAGUCAGCUUUGGGAUGACUUACCAACCAUCUCUGGAGUCCAGCAAGAAGUGAUCCGUCAGGCAAAGGCUUUCCUGUCCUUCGAGAGGCUGCCUGAGAUCCAGUUCAGCCGGCGGCGAGCUAGUCGGGAGAAGGCAUGGUUGUGGUUCUCCACCGUCAAGUCACUCAUCGGGAAGGGGGUUAUGCUGGCAAUAAACCAAGGCCUGGUGACCACCAAUGCACUCAACAUUGCCAAUGAGGACUGCAUCAAGGUAGCAGCCGUGCUGAACAAUGCCUUCUACCUGGAGAACCUACACUACACAGUAGAGGGCCACGACACGCACUAUUUCAUCAAAACCUCGCUGCCCGAGAGCGACCUGGGCACGCUCCGGCUGACCAGCGGGCGCAAGGCCCUGGAGAAUGGCGUCAACGUGACUGUGUCGCAGUCCACCACGGUGGUGAACGGCAGGACUCGCAGGUUCGUUGACGUGGAGCUGCAGCAUGGUGCCCUGGCACUGCAUGUGCGCUACGGCGUGACGCUAGACGAGGAGAAGGCCCGCGUGCUGGAGCAGGCCCGACAGAGGGCGCUGGCGGCCGCCUGGGCUCGGGAGCAGCGACGCGUGCGUGACGGCGAGGAAGGCGCACGCCUCUGGACUGAGGGAGAGAAGAGGCAGCUCCUGAGCAGCGGCAAGGUGCUGGGCUACGACGGGUAUUAUGUACUUUCGGUAGAGCAGUACCCCGAGCUAGCUGACAGCGCCAACAACAUCCAGUUCCUAAGGCAGAGCGAAAUAGGGAAGAGGUAACAGACUGUCCGUCACUGGCUGCCAAAGAGACUGCUCCCUGCCUUUUCUGGAGGGUUGGGCGGGGCUUUGGGCUGUGGUUGAGUUGGGUGGGGGGCUGCGUCAAGCUGUGGAUUAGCGCAUAGCCGCUAACGGACUGAUUGUCAAGAACGAUCUUCUACUCUGGGCCUAUUCAGUGCUGCAAAACUCUUAUCCGUGGCACAGCCUUGUUUGAACUGCGGAAUCCAGGAGCCGAGGGAUAGUUUGUACGAGUAAAAAUGUCUUUACAAAUAACCUUAAAAGGUGAUCUGCUUCAAAAAAAAGUUUUAAAAAAGGAAAAAAAAAGUUUACAUAAUGCAUAUCACUGCACUCACAUGGACUAAUACAUACAAAGCCUGUUGAUUUUGUUACGAGACGGUGUCUAUAAUCAGCUCUUUGUUUUCAUUCCGAAUGGUUGACUUUUGCUUAUAUGAAUAAACAAGUAGUCUCGCUCUUAAUAAUAACAUGCAUCUCAGUCCCCAGGAGAAACUGGGAAUCACCAGUGUUCAUUCAUCCAGCUGCUUCUCUUGUGCUGUUUCUAAGGACAUUGCCACCAGUGUCAUGGGCCCGGCCGUCGGUGCUCGCGAUUUUUAAUGGUAUCGUGGGGGGGGUUUGGGGCAGAGUUUUGAGUUGAUCGUGUCGAGAAAUAAAGGAAUCAACAGGCAAUCACGUCCGACAAGGCUAUAGAAAAAACUUUUUGAAGCAUUAUUUGAGAAAGGUUCUUUACUGAAUUUUCUUUUUAUACAAAGUCCCAGCUAUUCGCUCAUUAAAUAUUAGUCUCAGAGAAAGUAAUUUAUGUAAAGUGUUUAUACAUUAAAUAAACUCUGAAAAAUGCAGAGAACUUUCUUCCUGUCAUGCAUUGAUGUUUAUACUCUUCAUAAAUUUUAAAUAUUUUAGUUUAUUAAAAUUUAUGGUAAACGUAAAUAAAGAAACAAUCAUAUGCACUGU